AUGUCUGCUCCACACGGGCCCCGGGGCGGCCCUGGCCCUGCUGCUGCUGCUGCUGCCUCAGCGGCCGGCGCCAUGCCGGAGAUGCCGGACCUCAGCCACCUCACCGAGGAGGAGAGGAAGAUCAUCCUCGGUGUCAUGGACCGACAGAAGAAGGAGGAAGCGAAGGAACAGUCGAUGUUAAAGAUCAAAGAAGAACCAAAGCCUCAGCCUGCACAGUGGUUUCCCUUUAGUGGGAUCACUGAGCUGGUAAAUAACGUUCUUCAGCCCCAGCAAAAGUCCCAAAAUGACAAGGAGCCAGAGCCAGACGCGAAGUUGCACCAGCAGUUUGAAUCGUAUAAGGACCAGGUUAAGAAGAUGGGGGAGGAGGCUAAGCAGGUUCAGGAUCAGAAGAGCGAAGCCCCAACCUGCGGGAUAUGCCACAAAACCAAGUUUGCCGAUGGCUGUGGCCACCUCUGUUCAUAUUGCCAAACGAAAUUCUGUGCUCGGUGCGGAGGACGAGUGUCUCUGCGGUCAAAUAAGGAGGACAAAGUGGUUAUGUGGGUAUGCAACUUGUGCCGAAAACAACAAGAAAUCCUCACCAAAUCGGGGGCGUGGUUCUACGGCUCGGGGCCCAGUCCGGUGCGGGGCGUGUUUGAGGGUGGGCCACAGGGGAAGAAGGCCAAACUGCAGGACCCGUCCCUGUACCCCUACCAGGGAGCCUCAGGGGACUUGACACCAGCGUCAGACAGAAGCAGACCUCACGGUGGCCUCCUGCCCAGACAGGGGUCCCUUGACAACGGUUCGGGGCUGAGGUACUUGGGACCAGGCGACACACCCAUAGACAGGAAACGAAGCCCAUCUGCAUCCAGGGAUCCAAACCAAAAAUACGACCAAAGGGAGGGGGGUGACCACUCACAGUAUGCCCCGACGGACGGCGGCAUGCCCAGAUCACCGUCCGACUAUGGGGAUGGGGACCCCCGGCGGGCUCCGCGGGGCCCACACAUGUACCCAGAUGUGGAUGCGGCACGGAUGGGCUACCGGGAGCGGCGGGGCCCUGGACGAUGGCACUCCCAGGAAUACCCGCUGGACCAGGAGCUAGAUGGACCGCCCAGUGAGUAUGACCUCCAGCAGCAGCGCCAGGAGGAGUUCCAGGCCCGCUAUCGCAGUGACCCCAACCUGGCACGCUAUCCUGUUAAGCCGCAACCCUAUGAGGAGCAGAUGAGGAUGCACGCUGAGGUGGGCCGCCUGAGGCACGAGCGCCGCCACAGUGAUGUCUCCUUGGCUUACACAGAGCAAGACGAGCCCGGCCCCAUCCGGUUGUCCCGACAGCAUCUCACCGAGCGCCGGCCGCCCAUGGUGGGACAGCGCUCCUACUCCGUCGACCGCUCAUCCCCAGGGCCCAUGGGUCCUGGCCUCGGAGGUCACAGGACCUCCAACCACAGCCCCCCAACGCCACACCGCAGCCCAGUGCUGGGUGACCGAUCUGGGGAUCUGCGGAGAGGAGACCUGGGUGUAGGCGGGGAUCCAAUGAGGAGGCAGCAGCACCACUUGGACCCCAGUUCAGCUGUUCGCAAAACCAAGAGGGAGAAGAUGGAGAGCAUGUUGAGGAACGACUCUCUCAGCUCGGACCAGUCGGAGUCAGUGCGCCCACCGCCCCCCAAGCCCCACAAAACCAAAAAGGGAGGAAAGAUGCGGCAGGUGUCACUGAGCAGCUCAGAGGAGGAGCUAGCCACCACACCGGAGUACACCAGCUGUGAGGACGUGGAGAUAGAGAGUGAGUCAGUCAGUGAGAAAGGGGACAGUCAAAGGGGAAAAAGAAAAACUAUUGAGCAGGCAUUUAUGUCCGAGCCGACACACACCUUAUCUGAGAGGCAAAAGAAAAUGGUGCGCUUUGGGGGACACUCAUUUGAAGAGGACUUGGCAUGGUGUGAACCGCAGGUUAAAGACUCGGGAGUUGAUACGUGCAGUAGCACUACCCUAAACGAGGAGCAUAGCCAUAGUGAGAAGCACCCGGUGACGUGGCAGCCGUCCAAAGAUGGGGAUCGCCUAAUAGGGCGUAUUUUGCUCAACAAGCGAAUGAAAGAUGGAAGUGUGCCUCGAGACUCAGGAGCUCUGCUUGGUCUGAAGGUGGUGGGAGGCAAGAUGACAGAGUCUGGUAGACUUUGUGCUUUCAUCACUAAAGUGAGGAAAGGAAGUCUAGCAGACACUGUUGGACACCUCAGACCAGGUGACCAGGUGCUGGAGUGGAACGGGAAGCUUUUACAAGGAGCCACAUUUAAAGAAGUUUACAAUAUCAUACUAGAAUCCAAGCCUGAGCCGCAGGUGGAACUGGUGGUCUCACGGCCUAUAGGAGAUAUUCCAAGGAUACCAGACAGCACACAUGCACAACUGGAAUCAAGUUCGAGUUCUUUUGAGUCUCAGAAGAUGGAUCGUCCAUCCAUCUCUGUCACAUCCCCCAUGAGUCCCAGUAUGCUGAGGGACGCCCCCCAGUACCUGUCAGGACAGCUCUCAAGCCAAAGCCUUAGUAGAAGAACAACGCCUUUUGCCCCUAGGGUCCAGGUCAAACUGUGGUAUGACAAAGUGGGCCAUCAGCUAAUCGUCACCAUCCUGGGCGCCAAAGACCUGCCACCCAGGGAAGAUGGUCGGCCCAGGAACCCUUACGUCAAAAUCUACUUCCUCCCUGAUAGAAGUUUGAAUUAUUGUUCCUCCAGCGACAAAAGCAAGAGGAGAACAAAAACGGUAAAGAAAUCCUUAGAGCCCAAAUGGAACCAGACCUUUAUGUAUUCGCCGGUGCACCGGCGGGAGUUUCGGGAGCGCAUGCUGGAGAUCACAUUGUGGGACCAAGCCAGGGUGAGGGAGGAGGAGAGCGAGUUCCUGGGAGAGAUCCUGAUUGAGCUGGAGACGGCUCUUCUGGACGAUGAGCCACACUGGUACAAGCUACAAACACACGACGUGUCCUCCAUCCCGCUCCCACGUGCCUCCCCGAACACACAGCGCAGGCAGCUCCACGGAGAGAGUCCAACAAGGCGACUGCAGAACAAAGGCUCAUACUCAUACAACUCAGGAUCCCAGAGGAUAAGUGACAGUGAGAUCUCAGACUACGAUUGUGAAGAUGGUGUUGGGGUAAUAACAGACUACCGGUCAAAUGGCAGAGACUUCCAGAGCUCCACGUUGUCUGUCCCUGAGCAGGUGAUGUCAUCUAACCACUGCUCUCGGUCAGCUGAUAUAAACAGGGCACGGUCACGUUCUCCCAGCGUCCCCCCACCCUCCAGCAGAAGUCUGGACCCGGCCUUUGAUCUUAGGCCCUCUCAGUACAGCUCCUCCACUAGAGUGGACCACGACAGUGUGUCCGAAGCUAACUACUCACCUGACAGCCAUUUCCUCACCCUACCUCGAACCAGACAUACUCAGCCUAUUGAUGAUCCUCAAAAGGACCCCAGCCGCAACCAUCGUGUGUACCCGAUCUGCAGAGAGGAAGCAGUCAGGUUACUGCGUUCCACUAGGAUGGCCCGCGCCUAUUCUGAGGGUGCCUACACCUCCGACUAUGACUACGAGAGGAACCACGGAGCCAUGGAUAGACACGAGUAUCACAGCAGGUCCCGCUCUGCAGACCAGCGGCCCACUAUAGAGCGCCCCACGUCCCGCUCGCGCUCCACUGAACGCCCCCACGACUCUUCGCUCAUGAGGUCCAUGCCAUCUCUGCCAUCUGGGAGGUCCGCCCCCCCCUCACCUGCCUUGACGAGGGCGCAUCCUCGUAGUGGAUCGGUACAGACCAGUCCCACCAGUACCCCCAUGUCCAGUAGACGAGGACGGCAACUACCACAACUUCCACCCACAGGGAAGGACAGAAAAGAUGGAGACGAAGGAACAGAGCCUUGUGAAGAGGGAGCAGGGGAGGAUUCUGGGGCACCUGAACCCCAAAAUGGUCGCCCAGGUAUGGACAUGGAGGAGAGGACCAGGCAGAUGAAACUGAAGAUGAAUAAGUACAAGCAGGGAGCUGGCUCUGACUCCAGACUGGAGCAGGACUACCACAAGCGCUCAGGCAGAGAUCCACGGGGCUCCGAUAACCUGUCGGCCAAGUCAUCGGACAGUGAUGUAAGCGACGUGUCCGCUGUGUCGAGAACUAGUAGUGCCUCUCGGUUCAGCAGCACGAGCUACAUGUCUGUCCAGUCAGAGAGGCCUCAAGGAAACCGCAAGAUCCGGAGCCAGUCUCGGGAGGGUGAUGAGCAGUUAGGAGAGGUGCGAGAGGAGGAGGAGGCUGGUGGGGGAGGAGGAGAGGGAGGGAGACGGGCUAGUAAAGAGGGGAGAUUGCAGGGAGGGAGGAAGGAAGCAGGUGGGAAGGUAGACACAGACAAAGAGCUUCAGGAGGAUUUGGUGGAGAAAGAAGAGGACUUGCACCAGAGGAGUAUCUCAGAGACUGACCUCAGGCAGAUGGGCUCGUCAGGUGGGAUGAACAUAACCAAGAGCACAAGCAUCAGCGGCGACAUGUGUAACCUGGAGAAGACGGACGGCAGCCAGUCGGACACGGCGGUUGGCACGGUAGGCACUGACGACAAGAAGAGGCGCUCCAGCAUUGGUGCCAAAAUGCAGGCCAUGGUUGGCAUGUCGCGCAAGAGCCGGAGCACCUCUCAGCUCAGCCAAACAGAAGCGGGAGGUAAGAAGUUGCGCAGCACUAUCCAGAGGAGUACAGAGACAGGCCUGGCGGUGGAGAUGAGGAGCAGGAUGACUCGGCAGGCCAGCCGGGAGUCCACGGACGGCAGCAUGAACAGUUACAGCUCCGAGGGAAACCUCAUCUUCCCCGGUGUGCGGCUCUCCUCAGAUGCCCAGUUCAGUGACUUCCUGGAUGGUCUGGGACCCGCCCAGCUGGUCGGACGACAGACAUUGGCUACUCCACCUAUGGGUGACAUCCAGAUCGGCAUGGUGGAGAAGAAAGGAGCACUGGAGGUGGAGGUCAUCAGAGCCCGUGGCCUUGUGGGAAAACCAGGUUCCAAGGCACUGCCAGCACCAUAUGUAAAGGUCUACCUUUUGGAAAACGGAGUCUGCAUAGCCAAAAAGAAAACAAAAGUAGCAAGAAAAACCUUGGAUCCUCUUUACCAGCAGCAACUGCCGUUUGAGGAGAGUCCAGGAGGGAAGGUUUUACAGGUCAUCGUAUGGGGCGACUAUGGACGUAUGGACCAUAAAUCAUUCAUGGGAGCAGUUCAGAUACUGUUAGACGAGCUGGACCUGUCCAACAUGGUGAUUGGCUGGUUCAAGCUCUUUCCUCCUUCCUCACUGGUGGACCCUACUCUGGCCCCACUGACAAGAAGAGCUUCCCAAUCCUCACUGGACAGUUUCUCUCGAUCAUAGCAGCGUGUGGACUGAUAGCGUUGUUGUAGCAGCCAGUGUUGCGAUGACAGGUCACGCCCCCCGGUUACACUGCAUGCUUGAUGUUGUGUCUUCUGAGCCUGUUUCUAGGGGUGCAAACGUGAUCCUGUGUUUUGAGCAAAAACGUCGCGCACAUUGUGCACAUGGCAAAGCGUGUUGCAAGCGCCUGGCGGCCAGGAUUGCCGUUGUUGUUAUUUGGAGGAAGCUGGAAUGAACUCCUUAGCACGAGGAAUCUGUCAGUUCCAGGUUUUCAUCCAAUUCGAAGCCAUGGGGGUCAGUACUGGGAACCGCUAAACGAGUUCUACAGAAGCCCUUUUCGAAUGAAAAAUAAAUGUUUUGCUUUGAAUUUUUUUGUUUUCUUUUUGUUUGUUUUUUUUUUUGUUUUUUCUGUUUGUUUUUUUUCUUUAAAUGUCAAUGUACUUGUAUCUGAAGGGGGUGAUAGUGUUUCUAACCAGAUGCUUGGUCACGCCACGCCAACAGACCUAGCUGUGUAGAUGGAGUUUUGGAGACCAUCACUUUGGGUGAGGUGUGUCCCAGCUUGUAUCCACACUCCCCCAGUAACCCAAAAGAAGUACCCCACAUACUCUAGGUUUAUGUACUGAAUUAAACCGUUCUGGUAAAUCACCAGGAAGACUUCAAAGUUAAUCAGAGGCAAUACUGAAGUGGCUACCAUCAACACUCCAGAACAGACAAUAACGACCCAAACCCCAUGAAAAGAUGUACAAUCUACCAUCAUUCUUUCUCUGUUGAUAUACUGUAUGAAAAUUAAAUGAGAAAAAAAAUAUUUUUUUUCCUUUUUAGUUCAUUUGCAUGGACACAAAUUUAGCUGAAUAUAAAAAAAAAAGAAAAUUAUUUUCUUGAGGCUGCAACUUGCAAAAAAGAUGAAAAAUAAAUAAAACAGAUCAGCCAUUUUCAACAAUUUAUAUUAUUUUUAAAGAUAAAUUUCACUAGUGCAUGGUUUUCAAGGGGAGUGAAUGCAACAUCGUGAUUUAAAAAAAAAGACAUCGUUUAUCAUUCUUUAGACCAUUCGUGAGUCUGUGUUUUGCAGACAUGCAGAUAAGGGAAACUUAAAGGAAACUUUUGGAGUUAUUUAACAGAAAAAUGUUUAUGUGACAAAAAGUGAUAAUGAAAAUAAAUGUAAAUUAUUUAUUUCAUUGUAAAAAGGCUCAGGCCUUAUAAAGAUAAACAUUAUGUGCAAAUUGUACAUGUUUCUCUUUUUCUUCCUUGUCCCAGGGUACCUCUCAUUGUACUAUUCAUUGCUACCAUUGUUCAGUCCCCUGAUAUUGUCCAGAUUUUAGGACUGUUGGUUAUUUUACAGUUCUGUAUUGUUUCAGUAUGUAUUUUAUUUUGAAUUUGAUUUGUUUAACAAGCAUGUUGAAAAGGAUUUUCUGCAACAUGGCUUGGGCACACCUUACAGUAACUCAGCAUGUUUUGAUAAAGAUGAUAUUUGGAAUUUUUGCAGUUUCUUGUACAGUGCAUGUCAACUUCAUUACUUUUCUCCCUCACUUUAAAUUGAACUCUACAGAAAAUUAGUUCUUGGUCUUCCACGGCCAGUUAUUGAAGUUUUAACAAAAACAUUCCACCCCCAAGGUCAUAUUUUCUUUCAGGUUUUUGAGAAAAAAAAAGUGACAAGGAAAAUAUUUUAUAUUUAAUGAAGGUUUACGAAACAGUUGUGAUUGCAAGUGUAUUUUAUUCCAGUAUUGUUGACGAACAUGCAAAAAUAAUCUGUAUCAGUACAGCAAGAGGUCUAUACCUAAUCAAGAGGCAGCAAACAUGCAAGAGGUGUGUGUUGCUGUGGUUCAAUUUUACAGGCACCGUUUGUGAAGAUGAGCUAAUCACAAGUUCAAAUAACAAGGGAUAUUGCCACAGAAAAUGUUUUUUUUUUCUUGUUUUAAUGAAAAUGAAAUUAAUUUACUAUAUUUUUGUUAGUUUUAUUUAAAAGCCAAGACCAGUUUAUUUUUUAUUUUCUAUUUUUAGUAAUUAUAAAUACUUCUCAUGUCUGGGAAGUAUAUGAAUCUUAUAGUUGCAGUAUGUCUGAAUGAAAUUGAACUGAGGCAUUAUUCCUUUUCCACGUGAUGAUAAUGCGUUUUAAUGUCCAAGAAAACCUUGUCGCUGUAACAGGCUACAGCAUAUAUUUUCAUUUCAGUUUUCAUUGUACAUACCUUUAGAUGUCAGAAUUUGAAUAAACAAGCUACCAUGAAUAGGUUGAUAGUCUCCUUUGGAACAGGAAGAAUGCCUCACAUGAUGACAAAGACAUAUGUUAUUUAUCCUUUUGAAUGCCUUUUAAUUUUCUCUUUUUGGUGCAAUGUGUUAAUGCCAAGGCUAUGUCUUGGUUAAGUAUGGUUGA